CUUUUCGAGGAGACUACUCAGAAAAACAAAGAUAGUAUUAACAAAACCCUCAGUCAACUUUCGAAAUUGAGUAAAUUGAGUCUACCAGGUGGAAGCUUUCAUCCUCUGAUAUAUCGUCUUUUUAAGCAUUCUUAUCAUACCAAAAGCCGAGGUUGUUGUAACUUGGGUUUUUUCUCGAAAUAGAGAAUCUUUUCAUUGAAAUCGGUGUUAAUCUGAACAUAUAUCAAGAUGACAUAACUGCAACCGAAGAUAAGAUUAAAGAAUAUCGUGAACUGCUUGAUAAAACAGUUCUCAAGCUCAAUAGGAUACGAAUGGCUAGGACUCCAGCUUAUAGUAAUCAAGCACAACAAUGCUUUGUAUGCAACAGACCAUAUGUAUUUAUUAAAUGGUGCAAGUUCUGUGAUAUUGAACAGUUUAAAAAACAGUUCUCCAAUUGGGGAAGUGGCAAUCCAGAGUUCGAUAAAAUUAUCCAUGACUCUCAGCUUUCUAUCAAAUAUCCAAAUGGAUUUAUACAAUGGAUCCCUUAUGAAAAAUUUGUUAAUGUUGAAUUCGUAGGUCGUGGUGCUUAUGCGAAUGUUUAUAAAGCCAAUUGGGUUGAAGGACUCGGUACCUGGGAUUAUGCUCUUGGAAAGAGAGUUCGAUAUCCAAACACACCUGUAGCUUUAAAAGAACUCAAGAAUUCAAUACACAUCGGUAAAGAGUUUCUUGAAGAGGUCACUGCCUAUAUCAAGUCAUCUUCUAGUACAGUGCUUCGUUGCUAUGGUAUCUCAAAAAAUCCUAAGACUAAUGAAUAUAUCAUGGUUUUUCCUUACGCCCACGGAGGCAAUUUAAGAAAUUACAUGAAAAAAAGACUGAAUUGGUUAAACAAAUUAGAUAUUUUACGACAUAUUUUAUACGGACUAGCUGAUAUUCAUAUUAGAGGGUUGGUUCAUCGUGAUUUGCACCCAGGAAAUCUCCUCCAUUACCGAAGGACCAUUUCUGUGUCUGAUUUAGGUCUUUGUCGUCAAGUUGAUGAUGUAACAUCAUCUGAUGAGAUAUUUGGCGUUUUACCAUUCAUAGCUCCAGAAGUUUUAAAUGGAGAACCUUACACCCAAGCAUCAGACGUCUAUAGUAUUGGAAUAAUUAUGUGGUUCAUUACUUCGAAAGAAUAUCCAUUCUAUGAUCGUGUAUAUGAUAAAUACUUGGCUAGAGAGAUAUGUGAAAACCUUCGUCCGAAGAUUCUUGAUGAAACACCACCAGAUUACAAGGAAUUGAUGCAAAAAUGUUGGGACAAAGAUCCAGAUAAACGUCCAACUACUAAGGAUCUGUAUCAAAAAAUAUUAUUCUGGCUUAAUGAGUUCAACAAAACUCCCUUACCGGACACCAUACAACAGUUUAUCACAAACAAACAAAAUUCAUUUGACGAAGUACACGAUUCUAACGUUGAAUAUGCGAGUCAAUCUGUAAAAACACAAACUAUUAAAGAUCCCAUCAUAGAAAAACUGGCAGCGAAAAUAAAAAAAGGUAACAGAUUCGGGUAUUGUUGAUAUUCGAUAUAUUUAUAGUUAAAAGGUUAUGUGGUAAACUCACUUUAUACAACUUAUUGUAGGCACAAAUUCUGAUAAUGAUGAUAAAAAAUAUGAAGACGAAGGUAAGAUGCU